AGCAGAAGAAAGAACAAGAAAAGUCGUCACCCAUCUCAUCUGCAGCAAAUAACAAACAACAAACAGCCCACUAAAAUAAAAAUAACUUUCUUCUUCCAUUUUCCUUUCAACGUCUGCAAUUUAAAGAAACACUUUCCAUUCCUUAUCUGAUAAGGAAAGAAAAAAGAGAAGGAAAACGAGAGCCAUUUUGCGAUUCAGCCUAUCUAGAACACGAAAGAAAGGGAGAAAAGAAAAUGGGGCAAGACUUUUACUUUUGUUCUACCUUUCUUUAUCCAAGAGGACGUUGAACAAACUAGUCAUAUUAAUUUGAUCAUAUAAACUAAUUGCUUAGAAUGCCAAAAAAUUUGUGUGGUUGUACAACGAUAAUUUUAUACUAGGAGGAGACUGAAUCUCGUCAUGAAAAUUAGAGAAGCACAAAAAAUUAAGAACUUCACAGAAAGCACAUAAUUAGUUGCAUGUUAAGAAAAGAAACCUUAAUAAUUUCAUAUUAGAUUGAAUACAAAGUGUGGUGUGUCAUCAAACUCAUACACAUUAAGUAGAUAAACAAGAAUGUGUUUCGAAAAUCAAUAUGCAAUUCUAUUAAUUUUCAAAUAUUAUGCGCGUACAGAGACAGUUUCGAAUCCUGCCUCCGUCACUAGCUGGCGCGACCAUCUCUAAUUCAUUUUUUUGGGGUAAUAAUAAUAAGGAAAGUGGUUUAGGGAUGAAACACGUCCAUAUUUUUUUUGUAAAUUAGAUCAAUAUGUCUCAUUUUAUAAAGUACAUCCACUUUGAAAAAAAGAAAAAUACCAAUGAAGGAUUAGCUAGAUACUUAAUUCUUUUCCCCUUAUGAAGGUGCGUGGCCUAUUAUUUAACAGAGUACUUUAACCUGGCUUAUGCUUUUAAUCCUUGCUUACCAAUGAGUCAAUGUCUCAAUGACCAUUGCAAACACAAACACAAACACAAACACAAACACGGGUAAUUAGUAAUUGCUAAUAACGCAGAGCAGUUGCAGAGGGGGCAGGAGGAAGAUGUUGAAUUUGAAUUUCCAGAAGGAAAGACGAGCCACCCACUCCCCCGAGUCACAAACAAAAGCUGGAAUUUUCUAUAUAUUAUAUUCAGGAGGAGUGUUGCCUUUGCCUGGAGAUGCUGUUGUCGCCACCCAUCUAUGACUCUUCUCGUCUAUGGAUGUUUCGGUUGUGAAAAACUCGUCUUUGGAAUAGUCUCCCAGCCAGCCAGCCGUCCUCUCUCUCCGCACCUCCCUCGCUAUAACAAUGCAUUUGUCUUCUCCUUUGACUUUCUCUGCAAUUCCAUCUUCCUCAUUCUUCUCCUCCUUGAUCAACAAAGCCAACUUUCUUGUUCUUCUGCUUCGGUUUCUCUCCUCUCUUCUACCGAUUCUCCUUUGACCUUUUGUUCAUCCAUUAGCCCUUUCUUCCCGGCAACUUGGAGCUGCAGCACUAGCUGGGGUUUGAUUGCCGGCCGCCUGAUUUCUGUUGCUGGGCUGUUGCUGGCUUCUGGGUUUUUCUUUUUCUCCGGCAGCCUUGCUUUCCUGCCUGUUCGUUUUGGAAUCUGCGACUUGGGUUCAGGUCAAGUUCUGUGUUUUUGGUUCAAUUUGUCAUCUGGGCGUUUCUUAAACCCUUCUUCCUUUUCAGCUGGCUGUGUUUCUCAACAGCCAUUUGAUCUUCUUCUCCGGAUCAUGGCCUAUGUGAGGCCUCAUUUGAUUAUGAGAUCCUUCAGUCUCUCUAGUUGGUCCUGAUCCGCCGGAAAGAAAAGAUCCAACUUUUCGAUAAACCCUCCAGUUGGUUUCGAUUUCAUCGAUGGAUUCGCCUUCCCCAAUCCAGUUUGACCGCUCCGUGAACAGUGAAAUCUCCCUGAGUUCCAACUCUAGGAGAAGUGCUUCUCGGACUUCUCGAGCGGGUUCUACUAGGGAAGUUGCUUUCAGUGAUUUAGGUGCUAAGCCUGUGUUGUAUGGAUCCAGGAGGGCUGAUUCAGAGGUGUUUAGUAUGUCUCAGAAGGAGAUCAAUGAAGAAGAUGCUAGGUUUGUCUAUAUUGACGAUCCUGUAAGCACGAAUGAUAAAUUCGAGUUUGCUAGGAACUCAAUUAGGACUGCAAAAUACUCUGUGAUUUCUUUCUUGCCUAGAAAUUUGUUUGAACAGUUCCAUCGAGUUGCAUACAUUUAUUUCCUUAUUAUAGCUAUCCUCAAUCAGUUGCCUCAGCUCGCUGUUUUCGGGCGGGGAGCUUCCAUUUUGCCACUUGCAUUUGUGCUACUAGUUACAGCAGUUAAGGAUGCUUAUGAGGAUUGGAGAAGGCAUAGGGCAGAUAAGAUUGAGAACAACAGAUUGGCAUGGGUUUUAGUGGAUGGUCAAUUCCAACAAAAGAGAUGGAAGGAUAUUCAGGUUGGUGAAAUUAUCAAGGUGGAAGCUAAUGAUACUCUUCCUUGUGAUAUGGUCUUGCUCUCAACCAGUGACCCUACAGGGGUUGCUUAUGUGCAGACCAUCAACUUGGACGGAGAGUCAAAUUUGAAGACGCGGUAUGCAAAGCAAGAGACCCUCUCAAAGAAUCCUGAGAAUGGAAGGUUUUCUGGGUUGAUCAAGUGUGAGAAACCUAAUAGGAACAUCUAUGGAUUCCAUGGAAAUAUGGAGAUUGAUGGGAAGCGCCUCUCACUUGGACCUUCCAACAUUAUCCUUCGAGGCUGUGACCUGAAGAAUACAGCUUCGAUUCUUGGGGUUGCUGUGUAUUGUGGGGCUGAGACCAAAGCUAUGCUGAAUAACUCAGGAGCCCCUUCAAAGAGAAGCAGGCUUGAGACACGCAUGAACUUGGAAAUUAUCAUACUCUCUCUGUUUCUUGUUGCCUUGUGUACAGUUGCAUCAGUAUGCGCUGCUGUAUGGUUGAGGCGGCACAGGGAUGAGUUAGACACUAUGCCCUUUUACAGGAGAAAGGAUUACAAUGAAGAGGAGCCAGAUAACUAUAACUAUUAUGGAUGGGGAAUGGAGAUAUUCUUCACAUUCCUAAUGGCAGUAAUUGUGUUCCAGAUCAUGAUUCCUAUUUCGCUGUACAUCUCGAUGGAGCUUGUUCGGGUUGGUCAGGCUUAUUUCAUGAUCCGAGAUGCCCAGAUGUAUGAUGAGGCAUCGAAUUCAAGGUUUCAGUGCCGGGCUCUGAAUAUAAAUGAAGAUUUAGGGCAGAUAAAGUAUGUGUUCUCGGACAAAACUGGGACACUCACAGAGAACAAGAUGGAGUUUCAGUGUGCAAGUAUAUGGGGAGUAGAUUAUAGCGGUAGGGAGGCUACCUCAGGUGAUGGGCAAGGAGGGCACUCUGUUCAAGUUGGCGGGGCAACUGUGAGUCCAAAAAUGAGGGUGAAAGUUGAUCCUCAGCUUCAACAAGCGUUAAGACGUGGAAAGAUGUCAGAGGAUUUUAAACAUAUCCGUGAUUUUUUCCUUGCAUUAGCAGCUUGUAAUACAAUUGUGCCUCUUGUUGUUGACACACCUGAUCCCGAAGUUAAGUUAAUGGAUUACCAAGGGGAAUCUCCUGAUGAACAAGCUCUGGCGUAUGCUGCUGCUGCAUAUGGUUUUAUGCUUAUAGAGCGAACUUCCGGCCAUAUAGUUAUUGAUAUUCUGGGUGAAAGGCAAAGGUUCAAUGUCUUGGGUUUGCAUGAGUUUGACAGUGACAGGAAGAGGAUGUCUGUCAUAUUAGGCUUCCCUGAUAAGUCUGUCAAAAUUUUUGUAAAGGGUGCUGAUACAUCCAUGUUCACUGUCAUCGAUAAAACUUCAACUGUGGGCAUAAUCCGUGCAACUGAAGGCCAUCUUCAUUCAUACUCCUCCCUUGGCCUGAGAACACUUGUCGUUGGGAUGCGGGAAUUAAGAGAUUCAGAAUUUGAGCAGUGGCACUCUUCCUUUGAGGCUGCUAGUACUGCUUUGAUUGGCCGCGCUGCUUUACUUCGGAAGGUUGCCAGCAAUGUUGAAAACCAUCUUAGCUUGCUGGGUGCUUCUGCUAUUGAAGAUAAACUUCAAGAAGGUGUCCCAGAAGCUAUUGAAGCACUGAGGACUGCAGCAAUUAAAGUUUGGGUUUUAACGGGGGAUAAACAAGAAACUGCCAUAUCGAUUGGCUAUUCUUCAAAGCUCCUGACAAACAAAAUGACACAGAUUAUUAUCAACAGCAACUCCAAGGAGUCAUGUAGAAAGAGUUUAUCAGAUGCCUUGCUUGUAUGUAAAAAGCUCAGCAAUGUGUCUGGGACAACUGAUAAUGAAGACAUUUCUGCAUCUUCUGGAAGCUUGGUUGCUUUGAUCAUUGAUGGAGCUAGUCUUGUUUAUAUCCUUGACAGUGAACUCGAGGAGCAGCUCUUUGAAUUAUCCAGCAACUGUUCCGUGGUCCUUUGUUGUCGGGUGGCUCCAUUACAAAAAGCUGGAAUUGUUUCCCUUGUGAAGAAUAGGACAGCUGACAUGACCCUUUCCAUUGGGGACGGUGCAAAUGAUGUUUCUAUGAUCCAAAUGGCUGAUGUAGGAGUUGGAAUCAGUGGGCAGGAGGGUCGGCAAGCUGUAAUGGCAUCUGAUUUUGCCAUGGGACAGUUCAGAUUCUUAGUUCCACUUCUGCUGGUCCAUGGACAUUGGAAUUACCAGCGAAUGGGUUACAUGAUAAUUUAUAACUUCUACAGGAAUGCAAUUUUUGUUCUUGUCUUGUUUUGGUAUGUGCUCUUUACUGCUUUCACUUUGACGACUGCUAUUAACGAGUGGAACAGUGUGUUGUAUUCAGUAAUUUACACAGCAGUGCCAACUGUCAUUGUCGGUAUUCUUGACAAGGACUUGAGUCGGAAAACCCUACUCAAGUAUCCUCAGCUGUACGGAGCUGGGCAAAGACGAGAAAAUUACAACUCAAAGUUGUUCUGGCUGACUAUGAUGGACACUCUGUGGCAAAGUGUGGUCAUUUUCUUUGGCCCUUUCUUUGCUUAUCGGAUUAGCACCAUUGAUGCAGCAAGUAUAGGGGAUCUGUGGACACUGGCAGUCGUCAUUUUGGUCAAUCUUCAUCUGGCAAUGGACAUCACCCGGUGGAAUUGGCUCAUGCAUGCAGCAAUAUGGGGAUCCAUUUUGGCAACUUUCAUAUCUAUAAUGGUCAUUGAUGCCAUACCUACAUUACCUGGUUACUGGGCCAUUUUUGAAACUGCAAAGACUGGAUUGUUUUGGCUUUGCUUGCUUGGUGUGGUUGUAGCCUCACUAAUUCCACGCUUUGUUGUAAAAGUACUGUAUCAAUACUGCACACCUUGUGACAUCCAAAUUGCAAAGGAGGCGGAGAAAUUCAAACCUUUAAGGGGAGGUGUUGGAUCUGUAGAAGUAGAAAUGGAUGCUAUCUUGGGUCCUCCAAGGAGGUGAUGAUGACAUGGUAAUAUAUCAUUCCCCUUCAGAUUCUCCUGUAUCUUUAUUUUUGUAAAAAUUACCUUUAUUCUUUAGGGCUUGGUCAGAGUCUCGGUUUCCAGGGAUUUCCCAUUGUUGGCUAUCCAAAGGAUAGGUGUUGAGAGUUCAUUGUAGGUGUUACAUUGUCUUCAUUGCUGUAUCUUCACACUUGUCUAUUGUAAAUUAGUGUUG